AGAAAUCAGAGAUAAAGAGCAAAGGUGACGUAACUCUUAAUCGUCUUUUUCAAUAUUACUUCAUGAGUCUCAUAAUGAUUAUAGCAAGUCGACAGAUAUUUUAAAGAGUCGAAAAGUAGAGAACAAAAAAAAAUUGACGGGUGAAUGUAGUCCCAACUUAAAAGAAAGGCAAAAGAGAAAUUUAGUAACAUAUUCCAAAUGAGUAAUGGAGUAAUUAAUAUGAGAAAGAGCGAGUAGUUAAUAUGGCUUAAUUGACUUAGAAAUCAUAACUCUGAAAUUUCAAUGAUUUGCCAAAUGCAACAUUUUUCUGUACAUGAUCACUUUUUUUAUUGCGAUUCCAAAUCUUCACCAACUACGAAGAUUCCCUAGAUUCGACCAAGCUAAAAAAUAGGGAGAUUAUAAAGACAGCAGGAUAGUAGUUUCCUGAUUCUGCAAAAACUCACUGGCCAACUGAGUGACUGAUAAAAUAACCACAAAUGGAAGGCAUCAUUCCUUUGUUGGUCUGUGCUUUUAUUUUCUUAGUUGCGCUGCUCAAGUUUCUCUUUAAUCAUCAAACAAGCCAAAAACUCAAUCUCCCACCAAGUCCAUCCAAGCUGCCCAUAAUUGGAAACCUUCAUCAGCUAGGUAAAGUACCUCCUUUUACUCUUAGAAAACUCGCACAGAAAUUAGGACCCAUAAUCUUCUUACAGCUCGGCGAGGUUCCAACAAUAGUAGUUUCAUCUGCUACCAUGGCGAAGGAAGUGAUGAAGACGCAUGAUCUUGCAUUCUGCAGUCGGCCACAGCUGUAUUCUGCCAAAUGGCUCUUCUAUAACUGCACCAACAUUGUUUUCGCCCCUUAUGGUGCUUACUGGAGGCAUGUACGAAAGAUAAGCAUACUUGAGCUACUAAGCAAUAAAAGGGUUCAAUUAUACGACUUUGUAAGGGCCGAAGAAGUAUCUCGUCUAGUUACAAGAGUUGCAGAUUCCUGUUCACGAGAAAUCAAUCUUACAAAGCUACUUGGCUUGUACGCGAAUGAUGUCCUCUGUCGAGUUGUUCUCGGGAGGAACUUCUCUGAGGGAGGCGAAUAUGACUUGCAUGGUUUCCAAAGCAUGCUUGAUGAGUAUCAAGAGUUGCUUGGGGGUUUCAGCAUAGGAGAUUUCUUCCCUUCUAAGGAAUUCGUACACACACUAACAGGCCAUAAAUCAAGGCUUAAGAAGACAUUUCAACGGUUUGAUAGCUUUUUCAAUGAGGUGGUGCGAGAACAUCUAGAUCCACAUAGAAAAAAAAAGGGAGAGAAGGAUCUCCUAGACGUAUUACUUGAUGUGCAAAAAGAUGAUUCAAGUGAAAUGCCUCUAACCAUGGACAAUGUCAAGGCUAUUCUACUGGACAUGUUUGCAGCAGGGACAGAUACAAGUUUCAUAACAUUAGAUUGGGGGAUGACAGAAUUGAUAAUGAAUCCACAAGUAAUGAAGAAAGCACAAGCAGAAGUAAGAAGCAUAGUAGGAGAGAGGAAAUUCAUCUUAGAAAGUGAUUUACCUCAGCUGCAGUACCUUAAAGCUGUUAUAAAAGAGAUCUUCCGCCUACAUCCCCCUGUACCUGUACUCGUACCAAGAGAGUCCAUCAGAGAUGUUACCCUUGAAGGUUACAAUAUUCCUGCAAAAACAAGAAUUUUCAUCAAUGUCUGGGCUAUAGGAAGGGAUCCAGAAUCCUGGAAAGAUCCAGAAAAAUUCAAUCCUGACAGAUUCCUUGGUAGUUCAAUUGAUUUCAAGGGGCAGGAUUUUGAGCUGUUACCUUUUGGUGCAGGAAGACGAGGGUGUCCAGGUAUCACUUUCGGAACAGUCACUGUAGAGCUUGCUCUUGCUCAACUUCUCCACAGCUUUGAUUGGGAGCUUCCACCAGGGGUUGAAGCCAAAGAUUUAGAUCUUUCAGAAGCUUUUGGUAUAUCUAUGCAUAAGACAUCUGAUCUAAUUUUAGUUGCCAUACCACGAUUUCUCUGAAGAUGCUAACUAUGUAUGAGAUAUUGAGAUAUGUUCUUUUAAAAUGAAUUACAAUAAGCUACCUAAAGAAGAGACUUGUAUUAUUAUGGCAUAAACAGCUGCAUGAGGAAAUAAACACGCAAAAAAGCCUGUGCAGUAUGACGUCUAGGUAUACAUUGACCAUCUAUUUUUCAUGAAAAAUACAAACAAAUAUUAUCCCAUAGUACGCAAAGAUAGAGCAUAUAUUUCUUUAUUGAAUGAUGAGAAGAUUAAACCAGUCAGGUAUUACAAGAAA